UGAACUCACAGUGAAGAGGAGGAAUCACUAAUCAGUAAUCAAUCUGAGCUCAAACAUUUUUGAAAUUCCAGAAAACUGAAGAAAUGGCUAUGGUGGUAGAAGAGAGCGGAGCAGAGGUGAAAUUUCCGUGCUGGAAGCCGGUACGACGACGUUUCCUUCCGGAAGCCCCCUUCUUCGCGGCUGGUAACAUAGAAAGAGAACUCCUCGCCAAACAGGUUGCUGUGGACUUAACUCAAGAAGAAAAGCAGCUGAUGCGAGACGUGGAAGAUUGGGGAAGCAGUGAAGUGUAUUGCCCAAUUGUUGGCUGUGGAGCACGUCUGAAAUCUUUGGACGACUUUGAAGAUCACUACAAAGCACGGCACAUGGCAUCUUGUUCCGUCUGCACACGAGUAUAUCCAACAUCACGCUUACUCAGUAUACAUGUAUCCGAAGCUCAUGAUUCUUUCUUCAAGGCAAAAGUUGCCCGUGGAUUUGAUAUGUAUGAAUGCCUUGUCGAAGGCUGUGAUGCGAAGCUGAAGAACUAUAAGAGCAGGCAACAACAUCUGAUCGACAAGCAUAAAUUCCCAGUUUCUUUCGAGUUCUUCAAGAAAGCUAAACUAUCAAAAAAGCAGAGGCACAAAGUCCAGCAGAAAAAAGCAAUGCACACAGACACAGAGGAAAGCUCAACAAGUGCAAUGCAAGUGGAUGAAGAAGAAAUGGACAAUCUUGUUUCAUCAGUUUCGAGACUAAGUACUUCAGAUUCUCCUUCAGCUAUCAGUUUCGGGCGCCGCCACACUCGUGGUCUUGCUUUUGUCCCUCGGGCUGUUCAGAAAGAGAGAAAUCCAGGCACUUCAGUUGACCAAAAUAACAGAUAGUGGACAUUUUUUAAAGCUCAAAAUUGAAGUGUCUGAAAGUGUUUUUGUAGAUGCAUAUCUUUUCAAUUUUGCUUGAGAACUUGUACUAUUUCAUGGGUAACUUGGAACGUUAUUAGUGGGGGCUUAUUAGUAAAUUCCCCACGUUUAGUUUGAAUACCAUAGAAUAUCAUCAUCAGUUGGUGUUUUGUCGAAUGUAAUUGGGAUAGAUCAACUGCAACUGUAGAAUAUAUUUGUUUCCUUAACUGCCCUUUCAGUCUUAA